UGUCCAAUGACACAGCAGAUCACCAUGAAAAUACAGUUUCCAUGUGAGGAGAGUACUGCCGAUAACCGGCGAAUGGGACUGAUGAUCAGUGCCCAGCAGUGCUGCCAGUCAGUGCCCAUCAUUGCUGCAUAUCAGUGCAGCAUCAUCAGUGCCUCCUCAUCAGCUCAGCCCAUCAGUGCUGCCUACCAUGCCACCUCAUCAGUGCUGCCUAUCAGUGCAGCCUCAUCAAUGCACAUCAGGGACAUCUGCACUGAUCAUCAGGGCACUGAUCAGCGCCACCAUCAGUGCUCAUCCAUGCCACUUGCCAGUGCCCAUCAGUGCCACAUCAAUGCCACAUAUCAGUGC